AUGGGCUUCCUCGGGGUGCUGCGAGCGCAUGACACGCCUGCGUUGCGAUGGACGAAUGCAGGCGACUUGUCACGCCUUCGCGCGCCAACGCCACCCAAGACUGCAUGCGGGAACACCUCUUCCGACAUCUCGGCAUGCUUCGACGGCACACGGAAGCAUGCCAGGACGACGCGCGCCGAGCGAUCUCGAGCCCAGACGUCAUGCAUGGCACCCUACAAGUGGGAUGGCGUACUUCACGCGGUCGUGCAUGGGGUGGUUCGUUGGUACGCGAACGUCGGCUGGCACGUCGAACGUGAAAAAUCGCCACAGCUUGAUGUCGACAACGUAAUACACCCCGUGCCGCUGAACGCACAGCAGCCCCGUGAUGACGGCGGACGCCCGAUCCAGGUACACGCAGUUCAUGUACGUCCAUUUGUCCAAGCCAAAAUGGUACUUGGCGCCGGUCGAGAGCAGCAGCGACGCGCGACGCCGCGUGUCCUGCAAGUGCUGGUGCUUGGCGCGCAUGUAGCCGAAACAGACCGCCAUCGAGCCCAGCGCCAUCGCCACCAGCUCCAAGAACCGAGUCGACUUGCCGAUGUACACCGUGCCGGCAUUGCAUACGAGCUCGAAAUCGACGUGGAGCAUGGUGCAUUUGCGAUUCACCGACACGACGUGCGUGACGGGGCUCACAAAGGAGAGCACGGCGACGGCGGCGGACGCCAGCCGCCCGCUGGGACUGGCAUACACUGUCGUGUAUUGCUGCGUGAAGAUGGUCAUGACGUCGCCGACCAUGAUGACAAACCACGAAACUUCCCCGGACGCCAAGAGGACCUUGUACCAUUCCAUCUUGGUCGACUCGAAUGCACUCAUGAGGCCGAGCGGCCCAUACUGCCGCAGCUCGAUCGUGGCAGUGCUGAGGAGGGCAAGCGCCACGACGCUUCGCACAAACAGGAGCGGCCUCCCCGUCCACACAAUACCGGCGACCCGAUUCAUCACGAGGACGUUGCGCGCUUCGACGCGACCCAUGCUUGCCACGAUGGCCAUCGACGCGAGGACCGCCACAAACGAGAGGAUGGCUGUAAUGUAGACGCACACGGCGCGCGAGUACAGCGCGACGUUCUGUGGGAUGUCGAGCGGAUUCGGCAUCGUGUCGGCAGCGGCACUGGACGAACGAAGCAGCACGAGCGAUCCUUUGUCUCCCUCGAACGACACGACUUCCCGCUUCCCCAACGCCCACUCGAUGGCAAACUCCCAUGCAAACAAGUCAAAUGCAGGCGAGCUGGCGUCGAAGAUAGGACGCAACAGGAUGUUCCCGGCCGUGUCAAACUGCACCAACGACGCAUUCGUGAGACCGACAUCCCGGCGGGCCAUUGCCGCGAGGUCGACGAGUUCCGCGGUCGCACUUGGAGGCAAGAACACCUCGACGAGAUGCGCCGUCCCAGCGAGAAAGUCGGCGCAGUCGGUGGCCGUCGUUGUCGGCACACAACUGCACGUUGCCGUCACGUUGAAGUGUUGUUGGGGCGGUGGCCCGUUGGCGGCCACCGUGGCCACAAUGCUCGACAUGCGCGUCGGCACGACCACCUCCGCGCUGGACGCACACCCCCCAUCCGUCCAAAACGUCAGCAUUUGCGUCGCCGACGUGACCAUGAAUUGAUCACACAGGAUGUUGCCUGCCAAGCGCGGGAUGCCGAUCCACUCGGGCGGGCAUGGGGCCAUGUUCCAAGGCAGUUGGAGGUGCUCGAAUGCUUGCUGCGCGCCGUCGUGCUGCGCGAGGACGGCAGCCAUCGCGCUUGCCGCGACUUUGUAAUAGUGGCGCAUCGACGUCGGGCACGCAACGUGGCGCGCGUCGAUCGUACCAAACGGCCCGAGCACCACUUGCAGCGUCGAGAAGGUCGGACCGAAUGGCUGGUCGAGGAUGCUCGUGCUGGUCAUGACCGCUUGGAUCGACGUGUUUUGGUAUGCAAACGUUGGCGAGUGCGGGACGAGCGAGCAGUUGGGCACCGGCAGCCCGAGCUCGUCGACGACAUGGAUUUCGUACGCCAGUGGCCAGUACAGCUUGAACGACGUCUGCGUCGUGGGGUGCAUCGCCGACUUGGUUCGCUUCAGCGUCAUGGGAAACCGCGCGCCCAUCGCGUUUUCGAUCGUAAACGUUUCCACGAGCCCAAUCUGUUUGAAGUUUUGAAAUUGCGUCGUAUAGUGGUCGAUGCCAUGCGCCCGCCACACGCUGGCUUCUGUCGACACGGACGUCGUUGUCGGUGCCGCGAGCGACGCGAGCCACGACUUUCCCCGCUGCGACGACUCGAUCGCGUUUCCAAACACGACGGGGAACCGGUAGCACGCGUUGAUGUUGGCAAAGUCGAUGUUGCGCAGCGCCGACUCCAAGUACACGGCGCCGUUCGACACGUACCGAUCGGCGCACCGACGCCGACGGCCCGGCGUGUACGCGAGCUCCAAGUCCCGGCCAAAGUCGGCCCAGCAAUGGAUCGUCAUGAUUUCGUGGACCACGCACUUGUCCAUGAGGCGUAA